UCUCUUUUAAAGUGGAGGGUUUUCCUAUAAGGAAGCUAAUAACAAAACUUUUAUCAAAAUCACAUCUCUGUAUCAUAUAUUAAAAAAAAGGUUGAUGUGACUUGUUUGUGAUGAAACCUUUGACAUAAAUUAUCGAAGGGAUCUUUACCUCAUAUGCAAUUUCAGUAUUUCUAGAGGAAACAUGUUUUGUCGUUUUUCCACUUGCAUCAAAAUAGUAAUUAUUCUGGUGGAAUCAUUUGAAUUAACACAUGCUACAAUAGAAGUCUCCUUAGUCACCAGAACAUGGCCAGAAGCUGCAGAUCAUUGUCUCCUAUUUGGAUCAAACAACACAGGAGAUGUCAGCAUAGACAAGAUCAACAUUCCUAGGACAUUGUCGGACGGUGUAUACUGGAUAGGAGGAAUAGUCAAAUCAGCCUGGUUUGAAUUUCAUGGUAACUGUUCUUUGAAUGUUACGGGCCUCAAUGGAACUUCUCUAUAUAAUUCUAUUGAUAGUAUCCUUGAUUGUUACUUAAAAUGCAGAGAUUCUGGAAACUUUGCGAUAGUGGAUCAAACGUGCUAUUGCUUUCUCUCACCUCCCAGUAGUGGCCAGCGCGGUAAUUUACAAAGGGUUUUCCAUUACUUUGUGAUUAAUAGAAAUCCAUCAAAAAUAAAGGGAAGUAUUAGAGGUGAUUGCGUGGCUUUCACAAAUAAAGCAGAAGAUUUCCAUGAAGUGUUAGAUUGUAAAACAAGACUUCCUCCACUUUGUGAUGGAAUUAGUAAUUCUAGUUCUUCGUGGGAAUCAGCAGUAAAUAAUUGCUCUGGCGUGGUUCUGUCAAGCUUUACUGUGAAUUACGAAAACAUCGCUUCAGGAGGGUCCUGGUGGACUGGAAUUGCACGAAGAAGUAUCAGGCAAUGGACUGAAGGGUCAAACAGCGUGGCGUUGUUUGGGUGUCUUGCUCUGAAUAGAACAGGAAAUGUGACUUCCUUGCAGGAGAUACUCUGUGAUACGACAUUGCAAUCGCUCUGCAUAAAAGGAUCAAUUACAAAAGAAAUAGAGACGAAAAACUCCAAUGAUGAUAUGAUCGUAGCAAUAAGUGUGACCGCUACAUCUGUAUUUAUUGUGCUUUUAAUAUUCCUUAGUGUGGUUCUUUGGAAAAUAAAAAAUAACAAAAAAUCCAAUAUUGUCCGCAUACCUUCUGUGCACAACCAGAAUUAUGAAGGCGAGAGGGAGGAUGAUAUUAUCCCACCAGUGUAUGCUGAGCUUGAAAGGCAAAACAUUUACAGUGGCGUAUCCUCCAGCAACCAGAACGGCAGAGCAGACCAUAUUUACGAUCACACCAAAAUCCAGAGUAUGGGCCGCACUCUGGUGGUCCCUGGCGACCUCUAUGAUUCUGUGAACAAUGUUAAUUGUGACAAAGAUUACGACAAUUUACAAACGAUAUAGCUGAAAUACACACUGUUUUUACAAACGCAAAUAUAGUUCAUUAUCUAGCACACGUUUUUAAUUU